AUGGACGGUAACCUUUUUGAAGACCUUUCUUAUAAUAAGUUUGAGGGUGAAGUUCCAAAUGAAGGAGUGUUCCUGAAUGUUAGUGCAUUUUCCAUUGUGGGAAAUGACAAACUUUGUGGAGGAAAUAAGGAAUUGCAACUGCCUGCAAGUCUCACACGAAGGGCGAGAAAGCUCUUUGCACAUAAAAUGAUAAUUCUUGUGACAAGUAUCACUCUUUCUACAGUUUUGUUGAUAGCAAGUGUUUCUGCUGUUUUUUAUUUGAUCAAAAGGUCAAAAGAAAAAUGUUCAGUAGAUGGUGCAUUGGGAAAUCAGUACCCAAUGCUCUCUUAUGCGGAACUUGAACAAGCUACCAAUGGAUUCUCUUCAACCAACUUGAUUGGUUCGGGGAGUUAUGGUUCUGUUUAUAAAGGAAUUCUUGACUAUGGUGAACAAAUUGUUGCUGUGAAGGUUUUCAACCUUCAACAACUUGGAGCCAACAAGAGCUUCUUCACUGAAUGUGAAGCUUUGAGGAACAUUCGCCACCGCAAUCUGGUCAAGAUCAUCACAUCUUGCUCAAGCAUGGACUUCAAAGGAAAUGAUUUCAAGGCUUUGAUCUUUGAGUUCAUGCCAAAUGGGACUUUAGAGAGUUGGUUACACCCAAAUCAAUCUGUGCAGCGGGAUCCAAAGAGCUUGGAUUCAAUACAAAGGCUAAACAUUGCAAUUGAUGUGGCAUCUGCAUUGGAUUAUCUUCACCAUCAGUGUGACACAACAAUCAUUCAUUGCGAUCUAAAGCCAAGUAAUGUUCUUCUUGGCAAUGAGCUUUGCGCUCAUGUGGGUGAUUUUGGUAUAUCAAGGUUUCUUGGAGGCACCAAAGGUAAACCCAAUCGUUCAAAAUCUAGUUCUUCAAUUGGCAUUAGAGGAACUAUUGGUUAUGUCGCACCAGGUUGGGCAUAUUGUAAUUGUAGAAUUUCACAUUUGUGCAGCAGUGUCGAGGAUGAUCCUUGA